AUGGGUGCUGCUGCUGAUGCUGAUGCUUAUGCCGCCGAAGAAGACAAAACCCCUCAAGCUUGUCAGAAAAUGUGUAUGUGUAUCCUCUUCUGCCUCUGCCUCACGAUCCUUGUAGGUGUGAUCUGGCUCUUCAACCUCACCGUCAGGCACAUCCUCAGGGACAUCGAAAUCAACCGCGUGGACCCCACGUUCCGCCUCCACUCCGCCACCGUGUCCCUACUCAACAACGCCUCUGCCUCCGACUUCACCGCCACUUGGGACGUGACGCUGGUCGCCUCCAACUCCAACCACAAGCUCAACAUCUACUACGACACCCUCCAGGCCGCCAUCUUCUAG